AUGGAGUUUAUUGAAAAAAUUGUCAAGGAUGUCUACCGUAGAUUACGUAUAUACUCAAGGAUUCCUCUGCCACAACUUUUUGGGAGGGACGAUUCCAUUAAUUCUGUCACCUCAUGGUUGAAAGAUGAAUCCUCACACACAGCAGACGUUCUUACUAUUUUGGGUAUGGGUGGGAUCGGGAAGACGUCUUUAGCCAAAUUUGUCUAUGUCUUACAUUCCCAUGAAUUCGACAGAAGCAGCUUCAUUGGAGAUAUCAGUAGGAGUUGUGAAAAAUUCGACGGGUUGCUUGAUUUACAAAAGAAACUAUGUGAUGACAUUAUAAAACCAAGUUCUUUUCAAGUUCGUGAUGUUUCUCUAUACACCUCAAUGAUAGAGAAUGCAUUGGCUAGUAAAAAGGUGUUUCUCGUUCUUGAUGAUAUUGAUAGCCUCGACCAGUUGAAUGCAUUAAUUGGAAGUAAAGGUUUUCAUGCAGGGAGCAAAAUUCUCAUAACAACAAAGAACGAAUGGUUGAUAAAGAGUUGCGCACUUUUCAAAACAGAUGUUAAACCCAAGCAUGCAAACCAUUUGCUUAAAGGCUUGUAUGAGACUGAAUCACGACAACUCUUGUGCUUUCACGCAUUCAUGUCUAAUGAUCCCAAGGCUGGCUAUGAAGAGGUGUUAGAGAAGCUUGUGAAUUAUUGUGAAGGGCAUCCAUUGGCUCUUAAACUUUUGGGCGAGUCUCUGCAUAACCGUGACGUAGCUUAUUGGGAGGGGCUCAUAGAAACGCUAGAGAAAGAAAACGAUAGAGAUGUUACUGAAGCAAUAUUAAAGGCAUGUAAUAUAAACACAAGUGUUGCAUUCACGAAUCUCAUUGACAGAUGUCUUCUUAGUAUUGGAGGGAAUAACGACUUAAUGAUGCAUCAGUUGCUCCAAGAGAUGGGAAAAACCAUAGUACGUGAAGAAUCACCAAACAAGCCAUGGAAGCGAAGUCAAUUAUGGUGUCAUGAAGAGUCAUUCGAAGUGUUGAAACGAAAAAAAGGUACAGAAAAUGUUCUAGGCUUCACCCUUGACAUGAGAAUGCUUGAGAAAGAUAAGUUAUGUGGAUCAAUUGAAUUCAAAACAGAUGCACUGAGUAACAUGGAUAAUAUGAUGCUACUACAACUCAAUUAUGUGAAAAUAAAAGGGACUUAUAAGAAGUUUCCAGAAAAACUUAGAUGGUUGUGUAUGCAUGGGUUUCUUUUGGAAUCUAUACCUUCAAACUUACUGAUGGAUAAUCUUGUUUCGCUGGACAUGUCAUAUAGCAAGAUUAAAUCAUUUGAUGUUUGUUAUCGGUUUUCACAACGACCUCAUAAUAGGCUCAAGAAGUUGUUUGGAUCGUUGUCAAAAGACAAAAGCUUGCUUGAAUCACUGAAGUUUCUUAAUCUAAGUUUCUGUGAUCGGCUCACGAAGCUGGGUGGCUUGGCUUUGACAGACUUCCUGCACUUGAGAGUUUAA